AUAAUAAACCAAUACGGUCGGGUGUAAAUUUCGCCUUUUCUUUAAAUUUUUCAUUUAACAACGCAACGCACAACACAAUCAAUUUAAAAUAUGAGUUACUAUUAAUCAUUUAACAAAUUCAAACCUCAGUAGUAUUUUGUGCCUUUUUCAAACCUUAAAUAUAAUCUACAUAUGUAUGUAUUUAUUCAAAUAAAAGUUAGAAAAUCUCCUGUGACUUAUUCUACCUCGCUCACGUGUUUCAAGUUAUUAAUAAAUUAGUAUUGAAUUUAAUUAAUCGUUCCAUAAAAUACCGUUCGAAGUUAUUGUUGAGUGAUACUAAUAGCUUUUAAAUGGAAUCCGUACAAUCGAACUCAUCCUCUAAUAAAUUCAUUCAAAAUAUUGAUAAUCUUCGCUAUAACCCAGCUUUGGGUGAAAGGAAUCGAAGUCUGGAGAGCGUUUUUCUUGAUCCUGAUCAAAGAAAUGUUUAUCAAGAAGUUACUCUACGACGAGCCAUUGCCGCUAAGUUCUCAUCGAUUACUAAAGAUAGCAUUCCGAAUACUCCACUCUCAUCACCGUUAUCAAAUUCUGAAAAUGACCUUAGAUUUCAUAUGAGACGUAAGUCAAGAUCGGAGACACAUCUUAACUAUCAGCCGGAAGAUUCGGGUGGGACCACCAGUGUUCCGGAUGUUAAACACAGCAAGGGAGACGAAAAGACUGAGAACAUCCUAACAAAGGCCUUAAAAAUUGCUCUAGAAAAACAAGAAGCGCACAGAAAAACUGAAUUUGAUCAAAAUUCGGAAAGUAGUGCUGAGGAUUUCCGGGAAGGAUCGCCGGGUAACAGCAUGAUGAUGUCCACCCCGCCUUCUGGCGUACAGACUGAUUCCGAUGGUCUCAUACUUCCGAAGAAAAUACCAAAUCCAUGCUUGGAAUCGUCAGAUAGAAAGAAUCUUCACAGAGAGUUAAUGUUUAAUAAUAAAAUUGGUAAAAGUGUCCUCAACCAAAAAUCAGAACUACAAAGAGUACUUGAAAAGAAACGUGAACGUCAAAUUCUCCUUCAACAACAGCAAGAAGAGGCAGAGAAAACUGAAACUGGUCUUAAAAGUGAACUCAAUCGCGUUAUUAUGGAACGAGCCCAAAAGCUUGAAAAACAAAAAGUAUCUUCAAAAUCAGACAUCGAAGACCAUGUAAAUCCUGAAUAUAUAAGUGCUCGAGCGAAAUUACGCAAUCGAAUCGAGAUGAAAUAAUAUAAUUAAACAUAUGUCUACUUUUUAACAGAUGAUUAAGUCUAUUUCUACCUGCUUUUAUUUUAUUUAAAUUAAAAUUUGAUUGUAUUAAAAAUAUGUUAGGUUUAUAGGAGAAAAUCAAAUAUUUAUUUAUAAUUUUUACGUUAUGAACAAAUUUUGUAAUAUUUUGUUAAAUAAUCUCGUAUAUCAUGUCGCACUAUUUUUGUCGUGAUUCUUCUUUUUUUUUUGUAAAUAUUCAUAUUUAUAAAAACUCUGCUUAUAUGCCAAAUUAACUUUGAAUAAACGAAAUAAUUUUAUAGAUUUAAUUGUUAGUUUAAGUCUAUAAAUUAAGUUAUACAUGUAGUUCUUAAAAACUGAUUUUAUUAAAUAAAAAUUAUAAUUGUGGUUUUUUAAUUUUAAUUUAAAAAAUAAGAAAUAAAUAAAAUUUCCCCUUGUUUGUUCUAUUGUAAAAGUUACUUAAUUGAACAAUGCUUUAAUUAUAUUUAUAAGCUAAUGAACAAUUUUGUGUUUUAAUAAUUUAAUUAAUGUCGAUUGAAUUUAUUAUCCGAUCAAUGCAAUGUUACAAGUUUAUGUUGCUCCUACAUCCUACAUAUUCCAAAAUAUUAAAUAUAUUUCAUGAUUUCUGAACUGAACAUACUUCAAAUAAAUAAUCAAUGUGUGUAAUAUAAUAAAUCAAAGAAGAAGUGCAAAAAUUGUAUAGAGCUUGGGACAAACAGGGCUUGGCAAAUAUAGAAAGAUGACUCUUUCUAAAGUUUAAGGAUAGUCGUACGUGUAACAUAAAUAAAUUGCACUUUUCGCAACAAGAGAUUAUGUUGAUUAUGUUCACUCAUAUGCUAUUUACCAAUAUUCAUCGUCCUAAAUUUGUUUUUCAAAAUCAAAUAUGAUCAAAUUGAUCAAUUAAAUUUACAACCCUGCACCAAAAUGUACUGUCUCAGACAUUUAAAAAUAAACCUUUACAUGAGUAAGAUUAUAUUUACUUUUGAAUUGUUAUCGGUUAAAAUUUAAAAAGAUAAAUCAAAUACAAAAGUUUCAUGCAGUUCAA